UUACAUUUUUUUAAAUUAACCAAUUCUCUUUCUGCAUGGAUGGCGGCCACCACCACCGUCGUACUCCUCCUCCUCCACCUCACCACCACCACCUCCACCAACAUUUACUCCGGCACCAUCACCCCCAACUUCACAGCCUCCCACUACCAAUUCAUCGAAAACUCCGGCGACUUUCUCCGAUCACGUAACCGAAACUACACCGCCGCAAUCGCCAACCCGCAACCCACAUCGCAGUCAUUCUACCUUGUUAUUUACCACACCGCCUCCCACACGGUCAUCUGGACCGCCAACCGGAACAACCCAAUUUCAAGCUCCAGUCAAGUUCACUUUUCCACCACCGGAAUAACAAUCAACAAUGAUUCCGGCAAACCCAUUUGGUCAACGCCGGUAAUAAAGUCAACGGUUGCGGCUUUACAACUCCUAGACUCCGGAAACUUAAUCCUCAUUGACCAACUUAACAACACAUUGUGGCAGUCGUUUGACUUUCCGACUGACACAAUUGUGUCUGGUCAACGGUUUCCUGUUUGGAAAUCGUUGACCGCUAGUAUUUCUCCAGCAGAUUUUUCCGCUGGAAAAUACAUGUUUACGUUAACCCCUGCUGACGGGGUGCUAACCUGGCAGGGGUUAACGUAUUUCAAACUAUCAAUGGAUCCAAACUCUUUUAAAAAUUCUGACCGACCCGUUUCGUAUUUAACACUAAACGGGUCGGGUUGUAACUUGGUCCAUGACCCGGGAUCCGAAACAGUAAUUAAAAUUCUGCUGACGUCAGCAGUUUCCGGCUCCGAUUACCGGAUAUUAAAAAUUUUAACCGACGGUACACUUGUUAUUAUGCGGUACACGAAUAAUAAUUGGGUGACGGAUUUCACGACUCCGGCAGACGGUUGCCGGAGUCCGUUCCGGUGCGGUAUGGCCGGAGUUUGUGCCUCCGGCGGCGGGUGUUCUUGUCCGGCGGGAUUCGGUACUGAUCGGAGUUCAAACUCCGGUUGCUCAUUGUCGGAUAAUUCGCUGUCGUUGCCGAAAUCUUGUGAUGGAACUGGAUCUCUAAGCCACCAGCAACCGGAAAAUUAUGUUUAUUUUCCGGUUGCUGGUGUGAAGUAUUUUUUAAUUGAUUUUAUAAAUCCGGUUCAAAACGGCGUCGGAUUGGUGACGUGUCAAGAUAUUUGUUCAGCCAACUGUUCAUGCUUGGGUUUGUUUUAUGGGAAUAAAUCUGGAUCAUGUUAUUUGAUUGAAAACCAUUUGGGAUCAUUCAUUUCAAGCAAUGAGGAAAAUGAUAGUAUGGGGUUCAUCAAAGCAAUUGAUUCAAGAGAUCGAAAUAGUACAUCGAAUUCGGACUUUCCGAUGGUGAUUAUGGUGUUACUUCCGGUUUCGGGUGUGUUACUGAUUUCGAUUUUGGCGGUUUGGAUGAGAAGGACGAGAUAUAAGCGGACGAAAUCGGAUUCGAAGAAACUAGUUGAUAAUUCGUGUUUGGAUGAUCUCGAAAUGUUUGUUAUCGCAGGUUUACCUGUUCGGUUUGGGUAUGAAGAUCUUGUCGAGGCAACGGUUAACUUUAGUACCCCGGUUGGGUCGGGUGGGUUCGGGACGGUUUAUAAAGGCGUCCUUCGUGACAAGACGGUGGUGGCGGUGAAGAAGAUCACCGCGUUAGGGUCUCAAGGAAAGAAGGAAUUCGGUACGGAAAUCGCAAUCAUCGGAAACAUUCAUCAUGUAAAUCUUGUUAAACUUAAGGGAUUUUGUACUCACAAGCGAGAUCGGUUCUUGGUGUAUGAGUACAUGAACCGGGGUUCGUUAGACCGAACCCUUUUCGGGCCGGGCCCACCGCUAGAAUGGCAGGAGCGGUUUGAGAUCGCGGUUGGAACGGCUCGUGGUCUUGCGUACUUGCACAGCGGGUGCGAGCACAAGAUCAUACAUUGUGACGUUAAGCCCGAGAACAUCCUUUUAAGCGAUGAUAUGCAAGUAAAGAUUUCGGAUUUUGGGUUGUCGAAACUAUUGAGUCCCGAGCAAUCCGGUUUAUUUACAACCAUGAGAGGAACCCGCGGGUACCUAGCUCCCGAGUGGCUCACGAACGAGGCUAUCUCGGAUAAAACCGAUGUUUAUAGCUACGGUAUGGUAUUAUUGGAAUUGAUUCAAGGUCGAAAGAAUUGUGCGCACGCACCAACCCAUGGCUCGGAGAACCCAACUACUGGCGCCCAAGGCCAGUCUUCGGGUUCAUCCGGAUCCCAAAACCGCCAUCGUGCACGUCCACUCUAUUUCCCGUUGCAAGCACUAGAGAUGCAUGAACAAGGUAGAUACUUGGACCUCGUGGAACCGAGGUUAGCGGGCCGGGUGACGAAAGAUGAAGCCGAGAAGCUAGUCAAGUUGGCUCUAUGUUGUGUCCAGGAGGAACCAUCGUUGCGACCCACAAUGGCUAACGUGGUUGCAAUGCUAGAAGGAACGUUGCCGGUGGGUACGCCAAGGUUGGAGUCUUUAAACUUUUUGAGGUUCUAUGGAAGGCGAUUCAGCGAACCGUCAAUGGUUGCAACCGAAGCAGAGGUUGAGAUACCGAGCGGUUUUAUGGUGUCCAUCGAGAGUAGUGGCACAAGUGUGUCCCCGGACUUGUUUUCGUACAUGUCUUCGCAACAAGUAUCUGGACCCAGAUAACGUUAAGAAAAUACUUGUAUGUUAAUUCUGUACACUUACAAUUAUAAUUACUUUAUAUAAAAAGUUGUUACAUAAUCAAAUAAAAAGUUUUUGAGGCUCACGCAUGACAUUUUCUCA